ACGAAAAAUUUAUUUUGCUCGGAAAAUUCCGACUCAGAUAAUGAAUACUUGGAACGCGUGAACAAACGAUGCGUUUCGAUUCGAUUUAUGACCAUCUGUAGAGCAUGAACUGAAAAUUGUCACUUUGUUUGUUCGUUUAAUCGUUUUAUUAAUUAAAUCGAUGUAUAUUUAUUUACGUAAACACGAUGUAAUUUUAGGCGUUGGGUACAAGUAGGUACCUACUGUAAUUAUAGAGCAAAGUAUUAGUGCAUAAAUAAACAUGAAACAGGAAAACUUGGAUAAAUUAUUUUGACUUUUGAGUGUUUUAAUAAGUUUCACAGGAAAUACACUCGUAACCCACGAGUAUUUCAGAGAAUCUAUCGAUUAAAUUCGCGUGUGUUGUGUUUCAUCGAAAACUGAUCGUUGUUUAUUUACUUAAUAUUUAUUGUUUUAUUCUUACUUAUUAUCAUUAUUUUACGCGAGUUGAGAAUGCUUAUCAAAUUUGGACUGAUGAUUUGUACAGUAUUCACUCUGAUUCGAAAUGGGGAUUCAGAAAUGGAUAAAUUUGGAAGUUUUUGGGGAUCGUGUCCUGAACAGCCAAUCAAUAGUUCAUUGAGUUCGACUCCUUGGGAUAUUCAAGGCAGAUGGUACACUCACUGGAUACUGGGCCAGUACUCCCCGUGGAAAUACACCGAGUGCCAAUCCAACGAAAUCCAUGGCGGAGGGUCACAAAAAACGACCGUCGUAACUAGAUUCAAAGAUCAUUUUACUCAAAUGUUCGUUGAAUGGAAUGGCGAUGUCCACAUUCUGGACUCGGAUAUAGGAAAAUAUGUUUUCGAUUACAAUAUGUAUGACUGGUUUCUUUCACAGAAUACGGUAUUUUUACAAAUUUAUCCCCAAGGUGCUGCCCUUGUAUGGACUUGUAUGGAAUUUGAUACAUUUCAUUUCGAAAGUGUGGCAGUGAUGACCAGAUAUCAAGAUCCUCACGAUCAUCGUGUUUACCAUCGUAUAUUUGAAAACAUGAACGAUAUUCUUCGGAAUUAUGGAAUUUCACCAACGUGGUUAGAGCAGAUCAAUCAAUCCAGUUGUGAACAAAUAGACUCGUCCAUCGCUCAUCAGUCAUUUUUAUAAUGACUCACUCGUGAUUUGAUUCAGUUCACUUAAUUUAAUUUUAUCUGAGUCCUAUUUUUUUUUUUUUUUUUUUUUUUUUUUUAAAUUAAAAUAAAUCCAUUGUUUCUCGACUGCAGAA